AUGCGUCUCCAGUCGGGCGCAUCUGUCGCGGCCUUCGCCGCGGCUGCGAGUGCCAAGUCUCUCUCCGAUGUAUGCACAUUGUCUAACGUCAAGUCCUCUUUGCCUUCCAAUGGAACCCUCCUUGGUAUCAACCUGAUCCCGUCCUCCUCUUCCGCUGCCGCCGUCUACAACGCUACCAUCGGUGGUGGCAUGGGUAGUACUAGCGGUGGGACCUUCAGCUACUGCAAUGUGACGCUCACCUACACUCACCCUGGCAAGGACGACACUGUCGUUGUCAAGUACGCCCUCCCGGAACCCUCCGACUUCAAGAAGCGCUUCUACGUCGCUGGCGGCGGUGGCUAUUCUCUGAGCACUGACGCGACCGGCGGUCUAGAGUACGGUGCCGCCGGUGGUGCUACUUCAGCUGGGUACGAUGCCCUGGACGGCGUCAGCUACGAUGAUGUUGUGCUAUAUGGAAACGGCUCCAUCAACUGGGAUGCGACCUACAUGUUCGGCUACCAGGCUCUGGGUGAAAUGACCCAGCUGGGCAAAUAUUUCACCAAGGGAUUCUACGGCCUUUCCACCAGCUCCAAGAUCUACACUUACUACGAGGGAUGCUCUGACGGUGGACGUGAGGGUAUGAGCCAGGUGCAGCGCUAUGGUGAGGAGUAUGACGGUGUGAUCACCGGUGCUCCGGCUUUCCGCUACGGCCAGCAGCAGGUUAACCACGUUUUCUCCGCCGAGGUCGAAAAGACUUUGGACUACUACCCUCCUCCCUGCGAACUUGCCAAGAUCGUCAACGCUACUAUCAAGGCUUGUGACCCUCUGGAUGGCCGUACCGAUGGUGUCAUCUCUCGUACCGACCUUUGCAAACUCCACUUCAACAUGUCGUCCAUCAUUGGCGAGGAGUACUACUGUGCCGCUGAGACCAGUAGUUCUCUGGGCUUCGGUUUCAGCAGCAAGGUCAAGCGCCAGGCCGAGGGCAGCCAAACAAGCUACCAGCCCGCCCAGAGCGGUACUGUCUCUGCCGAGGGAGUUGCUGUUGCGCAGGCUAUCGUCGAUGGCCUGCACAACUCCAAGGGCGAGCGCGCGUACCUCUCGUGGCAGAUCGGUUCCGAGUUCACCGAUGCCGAGACUGAGUGGAACAACAGCACCCAGAAAUGGGAACUGGACAUCCCCUCGACUGGCGGUGAGUUCGUGACCAAGUUCGUCCAGCUGCUAGAUCUCGACAAUCUGUCCGACCUGGAUGGUAUUACCUAUGACAUUCUGGUUGAAUGGAUGAACACCGCCAUGGUCCGCUACAUGGACAGCCUACAGACCACUCUGCCCGACUUAACUCCCUUCCAAUCCUCAGGCGGCAAGCUUCUGCACUACCACGGCGAGUCGGACCCCUCCGUCCCUGCCGCUUCAUCCGUGCACUAUUGGCAAUCCGUCUGCUCCAUCAUGUACCCCGACGCCACCGAGAAGCAAGCCCUCACCAAGCUCCAGGAUUGGUACCAAUUCUACCUGGUCCCAGGUGCGGGCCACUGCGGCACCAACUCCCUGCAGCCUGGCCCUUACCCUGAGGACAACAUGCAGACCAUGAUCAACUGGGUUGAGAACGGUGUCAGGCCUACCCGCCUGAACGCCACUGUUUCUUCUGGUGACUAUGAGGGCGAGACUCAGAUGCUGUGCCAGUGGCCUUCCCGCCCUCUGUGGCGCAGCAACUCUACUUUCGACUGUGUUUACGACAAGAAGUCGAUUGAGAGCUGGACCUAUGAGUUCCCUGCCUUCAAGCUUCCUGUGUACUAA